AUGCUUGCUUGCUUACUGGGCUGGAAGAACAGCUGGGAGACCUCCACAGAAGCAGAGAGGUGUACUGGUGCACCAACAGCUUCUGUGUGGGCUUUCGAAACCAUCUUUAAAGACACCGUCUCUUUCAUCAGAAACUUUUUCACUAAAAGGACAAAGGAACUCAAACCUGCUGUCCAAAGUGCUCCUGGUUGGAAGUUGUUUGGAAAAGUCCCACCCAGGGAAAACCUUCCGAAAGAUUCCAAAAUUAUUCAGCAGGAUGACAGUUCUGGCAGUCUUGCAUCAAUAUCUACUCUCAGUCUAUUAAACACAGGGGAAUAUGAAGCACGGACAGGAAGAAUGUAUAAACCUCCACCCCCAUCAGCAAGACGUAAAAAUAUUGAAUUUGAACCACUUUCAACUACUGCUUUGAUUCUUGAGGAUCGACCAGCAAAUCUUCCUGCCAAAUCAGUGGAGGAGGCUUUACGUCAUCGACAAGAAUACGAUGAAAUGGUGGCAGAGGCAAAAAAGCGAGAAAUUAAAGAAGCACAUAAAAGGAAAAAAAUAAUGAGAGAGCGUUUCAAGCAAGAAGAGAAUAUUGCUAGUGCUAUGGUGAUUUGGGUCAAUGAAAUACUACCUAACUGGGAAGGCAUGCGUGCUACCCGAAGAGUUCGAGAGCUGUGGUGGCAGGGAUUACCCCCAAGUGUACGUGGGAAGGUUUGGAGUCUAGCUGUGGGAAACGAAUUAAAUAUCACUCCUGAACUGUAUGAAAUCUUCUUGUCAAGAGCUAAGGAACGAUGGAGAAGCUUCAGUGAGACAAGUUCUGAGAAUGACAUAGAAGAUGCAGGUGCAUCUGUUGCUGAUCGUGAGGCCAGUCUGGAGCUAAUUAAGUUGGAUAUAUCACGCACAUUUCCAUCCCUGUAUAUUUUCCAGAAGGGUGGUCCUUACCAUGAUCUCCUGCAUAGUGUUUUAGGAGCAUAUACAUGUUACAGACCAGAUGUGGGAUAUGUACAAGGGAUGUCCUUCAUUGCUGCUGUGCUCAUUCUCAAUCUGGAAGAGGCAGAUGCUUUCAUUGCCUUUGCUAACCUCCUAAACAAGCCAUGCCAGCUGGCCUUUUUCCGUGUGGAUCACAGCAUGAUGUUGAAGUACUUCGCAGCCUUUGAAGUAUUCUUUGAAGAAAAUCUUCCCAAAUUGUUUCUUCAUUUCAAAUCAUACAGUCUUACUCCAGACAUAUAUUUGAUAGACUGGAUUUUUACACUCUACAGCAAGUCAUUACCACUUGAUCUGGCCUGUCGUGUCUGGGACGUUUUCUGUAGAGAUGGAGAAGAAUUUUUGUUUAGGACAGGGUUAGGAAUCCUUCGGUUAUAUGAAGAUAUUCUCCUACAGAUGGACUUUAUUCAUAUAGCACAGUUUCUAACAAAACUUCCAGACGACAUUACAUCAGAAAAGCUUUUUAGUUGUAUUGCAGCUAUUCAGAUGCAGAAUAGUAACAAAAAAUGGGCACAGGUGUUUGCAUCACUGAUGAAGGACAACAAAGAAGGGGACAAGAACCAUAGCCCAGCACUGAAAAGCUAAUCAUCAUAAUGUUGAGGUCAAUUGAAAAUGUGGAAAACCACUUGAUGACAAAGAAGUUUUCACAUCACUUCUAUGUGGAAAAGCACUAUAGAAAAUGUGAAAAUGAGAUGGAAAAAUGACACAGCUCUCAGUGGAGUAAUGAACUGAUGAAAUCUUCAACCUUUUGCCAGUAUUAGCUUUUGUCGUGGGAAGAUUUGUUUUCACACAGAAUACUAAAACCUAUGAAACUGAGAAGUGGGGGAGUUCAUAUUUAAUACUUUAAAAGAAUCAGCUCAAUGCAAUAAACAUUUGUAAUAACUUCUGUUGGUACUUUAAAAAAAAUUUUAAGGCAUAACUUUUUUUACGAAUACCACAAAGGCACUUUUUUGAGGGGAUGAGGGAAAUGCUAAAUCUUAGGGCCCCAAAACUGCUAUCCAAACCAAAUGCUUUGGUACAAAUAUUACCUCCAAAAUUAACCAUUUGAAAGUACUGAGGACCAAAUAAGGUUGUUUGGUAUGUUUAUGUGCAAGAUGGUUAAAAUUUGGGAAGCGACAUUGUCUUGGUGUGUUUUUUAAGUUGCAGCUUCAUUCUUCAGUUGGGGCAAAUGUAAUUUAACUCAGGAAAUGUGGAAGUAUUGCGCCCAAACCUGUUAGAGCAAAAAUAUCUGAAUUCUAAACAGGGGUAAGAUCAAGGCUAUUGUUUUUGUCGCAUACAGCUUUCAAAGUGAGUGAUGUUAAGCAUUUGUUUUGGUGCAUUGGUCGUGCAGCUUCUUAAAAAUGGAGUGGGUAUUCUGUGAAAGGGUUUUGCCACCAGAAGUUUUACUUUGAGCCAUUUCCAACUAAGAAGUACUUGUAUGCAAUUGUGAACACUAGAAACUGUGACAAAGCUAUC